UGUCAAAAGGCAGUUAAUUCUUUCUCUUUGUUGGAGCUGUAUUAGAACGAUGAAAUUUCAAAUCCUCCUAACCCUGUUCCUCCAAGUGGCAGUAAUUGAAUCCGUCAGGGAGAUCUCUGGGUACCUUGGGGAUACUGUCACAUUGUCCUCAGGUGCCGACCCAUCAUGGAAUCUUUCCUCAAUAGAUUGGUCAGUAUUCUCAAACAACACCUGGAUUGCUACUUAUCGCAAUGGGAAGAAAAACGUUAACCGGGUCGAUCGGUAUAAAGGGAGACUCCGUCUCAACACCGCUUCAGGUGACUUGAUGAUCCACAAUUUGAACAAAGAGGAUGCAAUGGAAUACACUGUAGACCUCAUCAAUACUCAGAGACAGAACACCGUUACCAAAACUAAGCUCAUAGUGAUAGAACGCCUGACGCAACCGAUCAUACAGACUGUCACCUGUACAUCUGUAAAAGGAGGUUCUUGGUUGUGGCUACGUUGUUCCUCGAAAGAUGCAGGCGUUAACUUGGCCUGGCAGCAUACAUUUCCCAGUGUUACGCUCUUCAACGUGACAAGUCCUGAUGGCAACUUUGCAGAUCUUUUAGGAUUUCUGAACGCCACUCAGAACCUUGUAGAAUUCACCUGCAUCUCCAGCAGGAAUAUGGAGAAGAAUUCAAGUGCUGUCACUCCAAAUUGUGUUGAUGCCAAGCCUCCGUCUCCGCCUUCGCCUCUGCCCAGAGAAAGAAAAGUUAUUGGGUUUUCUGUGGGAUUGCUCAUGCCAGCUUUACUUGUAGUAAUCAUAUUAAUUUCAAAGAAUAAAUCAAAGCUGCAUGGGGACACCUUUAAGGAAAACUUUCCGUCAAACAAUAUCCCAAUAGCUUGACUUUCUGCUUUGACUGUCCCAUUUGAAUGUA